GCCUUUCCCUUCUCCGCCAGCUGGAGAGGGUCUCGUCUGCUCAGAGAGGAAAAGAAGGAAGGGAAGGGAAGGGAAGGACGGAAGAGAAACUUCCCAACAACGACGCCGCGUCGGAAGAGAUCCGGGACGGAGAGAGAAAGAGGUUCUGUCCUUCGUUGGGUUUAAAGUCCCAGCUGGACCAGCUGUUUCCGUCCUGCCAGAACUCAGUUCAGAGUGCGAAAGCUGGGACUCUGGAAUGCACCGUAAAGGGGAAAAAAACCCAAAUCAGGCGAAGACAAGAUAGGAAUGGAUUCUUUGCUUUCUGCAUGACCCUCAAGUUCAAAGGGAGCAGGUGAACGUUCGACUGGGCGGAUUCAAACUGACGGAUCGGAACCGAUUUACUCCAAACAACCUUCUCUUCCACUUUGUUUUGCUUUGAAUCCUUUUUUUACAGAAUACCUCUGCGCGGCAAAUUCGUUGCGUUUUUAAUCUUUUAAAAAUCCUUUUAUGAAAGAAAAAAAAAAUAUUUUGUCCCCUUUUCGUUCAAACGUGGUGUUUUUAAAAAAAUCUCUUUUCUAUUGCUUUUUUCUACAAAAAGGAAACAUUUCUUUUCCUUUUUUUGAGACUGAACAAAUAAAAAGUGAUCUCGAGCUAUAAUUAUCCGACACGUACAAGGAGACGAGAGGAGAUUGUAUUUCCUGGUUGUUAAAUAAUUGAGCUCGAAGUCAAAAAAGACGAGGAGACGGCAGAAUUGAUUGGUACGUGAGACGCGCAAAGAGCCAGAGUGUGGGAGAGAAAGGGCCGUUUUAGAGUAAUAAACUUUGAAAUACACAAUAACGUCAGCAGUGCCUAACCCAAAAACACACACGCAGCAACUCCAGCCAGUGAACCCAAGUUUUAAUAAAGUCUCAUAUUAUGUGCUUGUUAAAAGUAUUAAAAUAGGAAGAGGACCUCCAGAAAUUUGGGGAAGUUAACAGAAAUCUUAAUUUGAUUUAAUAAAUUCUGUAGAACAAUCAUUGUUGAUAACCAAAGUGACCGGAGUGUUCGUUCGCGGUGGAUUUAUUGACACCUGGGGACAGUGGUUUAUUGGACAGAAACCCUGGAGUCCGUUUUCCUCCGAGAGGCAGAAUUGGAAGCGAGAUCUGAAUUUCAGCUGCAGUAACAACAUCCCCCUCCACCCCAAAAAGAGAAGUGUAAGAACUUUGCCAGUUUUUUUUAAGCUGCUUAAGAGAGUCACCCCCAGAGGAUCUCGUGGUGAAUGACUGGGGUGCUGUAAUGGAACCCGUAGAAUCCGCUGAAACCAAAGGGGAAGGGGGAAAGGAAAGCACCACACCCGAAACCAAGGCCAUCCAAGCGCAAGGAGAAGAGGACGCUGGCCUUGGCCAAGAGGAGGAGGUGAACGCGAGAGAGGUCCCCGUGUUGAACGGGCAGGCGCAGGAGGUAGAUGUAGGCCUGACCUGUCUGGAGACUCCCCCUCCAGAUGUCAAAGAGGGGACCGAUGAAGGGGGCGAGGCCCCGCACCCAGGACCCACAAAUCUGGAAGAGGCAAACCCCCCCAACGAGGAAGAGAAACCGAGAGAGGAUCUGCCUUUAGAGAGAGCUAUGGCUCUGACAGAAACUCCCAUUUCCAGCCCGGAGGUCACCGGCCCCAGCUGCAGCACUGCUGCCGCCGAACCAGCCACGGCGAGCCCCAAAGCGCGGCCUUCCCCGAGCAACCAACCUGAGCCCCCGGAUUUCUACUGCGUGAAGUGGAUCAACUGGAAAGGGGAACGGACACCCAUCAUCACCCAGAGCGAGAACGGGCCCUGCCCUCUUCUGGCGAUCAUGAAUAUCCUUUUCUUGCAGUGGAAGGUCAAGCUGCCUCCCCAGAAAGAAGUGGUCACGUCCGACGAACUGAUGGCACAUCUCGGGGAUUGGAUCUUAUCUAUUAAGCCCCAAAAGGAGUCAGAAGUUCUCCAGCUCAAUUUCCAACAGAACGUCAACGACGCCAUGACGGUCCUCCCCAAACUCUCCACGGGGCUGGAUGUGAACGUGAGGUUUACGGGAGUCUCUGAUUUUGAAUACACCCCCGAGUGCAUCGUCUUCGACCUCCUCAACGUGCCCCUUUAUCACGGGUGGCUGGUGGACCCACAGUUAGUAGAGGUGGCCCAAGCCAUUGGCAAACUGAGCUACAACCAGCUGGUGGAGAAGAUUAUCACCUGCAAACACUCCAAGGACCCCAAUUUGGUGACAGAAGGGCUGAUAGCAGAGCAGUUUCUGGAGUCCACAGCCUCUCAGCUGACCUACCACGGCUUGUGUGAGCUGACCUCCACGGUGAAAGAGGGAGAGCUGAGCGUCUUCUUCAGGAACAACCACUUCAGCACCAUGAUAAAGCACAAGAGCCACUUAUACCUCCUGGUGACGGACCAAGGCUUCCUGCACGAGGAGCAAGUGGUCUGGGAAAGCCUCCACAACGUGGACGGGACAGGCUUCUGCGACGCCGAGUUCCACCUCAGCCACGCCCUGGAGAAGGAGGCCGCCGGCGGCUCCCCAAGGGAGCAGCAAGCAAACCAGAGGCAGGUGGACCAGGACUACAUGAUCGCCUUGUCUCUGCAGCAGCAGCAAGGGGGGGCCGUGCUGAGCGACCUCGAGUUGGCCCAGCGGCUGCAGCAGGAGGAGUACCAGCAGCCCUCCCCGGCCACCCCCCCCCGGCACAGGGGCGAGGACAGUCCCCUGCCCGUCCCACCGGGGAGCGCAGGCCACGGCAGAAACAGGAUUCGGACUGCAUCGUCCUGUAAUGCCAACAAUGCCCGGGCGCCCCGAGCACCCCCUUUGCAAACUGCCAGAACCUGCCAUGGAAGAAAAGUUCUCCUCGUGGGCACAUUCAAAGACUUCUAUUUAAAGUCUCCCCGUCCCCCGGGGGCCAAAAAAACCAAAAUUUUAAAAUGCAAAACCUUGGAAAAGAAACUUGUGUUCUAA